CGGAUUCAGUGACCAACAGGGGUAAGACUGAGGGAAAAGGACGCUUUAACUUCCAACUUUCUACAUCAGAUUAUUCAAAUAAGAACCAUGCUUGCGGCGUGUUUGGAGUUCCUGGGCCUGGCGCUGUGCGUGUCGGGCUCCCUGCUGGUGAUGAUCGCCUGUGGGUUACCCAUGUGGAAAGUGUCCGCCUUCAUCGACUCCAACAUCGUGGUGGCGCAGACCAUAUGGGACGGCCUGUGGAUGUCCUGCGUGGUCCAAAGCACAGGACAGAUGCAGUGCAAAGUCCACGACUCGGUGCUGGCCUUGUCGCAGGAUCUGCAGACUGCUCGGGCCCUGACGGUGAUCUCCGCCGUGCUGGGGGUCGUGGCCCUCACCGUGACCAUCGCCGGGGCGCAGUGCACCAACUGCAUCAAAGAUGAGACGGUGAAGGCCAGAGUGGUGAACGCGGGAGGGGUCAUCUACCUCAUCAGCGGGCUGUUCGUGCUGGUGCCUCUGUGUUGGAUGGCCAACAACAUCAUAGUGGACUUCUACGACCCCCAGGUUCCCCCGUCCAAGAAGAGGGAGAUCGGGGCGGCCAUCUACACCGGCUGGGCGGCCACGGCGCUGCUCCUGCUCGGUGGGACCCUUCUGUGCUGCUCCUUCUCCCAGGGGGUGAGAGGCACGUAUCCCAUCAAAUACUCUCCCACCAAGAGCAUCACAGCCAACGGAGAGUUUGACAAGAAACAUUAUGUAUAAACCAUUUUUAUUAUUAUUAUUGUUAUUAUUUACAUGUGGACGUUUGCUUUGGGCAGAGCAGAGGCAUGUCCAGAUAUUUCAGCCAAACUUUCUGUUGAAGUUUGAUAUGAUGUGUGCCUGUUCAUACUUUGGUGACAUUUUGGUACACUGAGGUGGUGUUCAGACGGGUCCAACUGUGUACUCAGAGCAUGACACUGUAAAAUGUGGGUACAUAGGAACGAAUGGGGCAACACUGAACUCAAUGUCUGUCUGGCAGAAGUGUAUGUGAUUGUACCAGUUUUUAUUCUACUUUUCAUCCAUCUCACCUCCCUAACACACCCUGUUCAGAAAAGGAAC